UAUUGCUGAUCUUAUAAGAUGUGCAUUGUUGUGAAUUCUCGGUGUUGAUUUUAAUAAACGUUGGGCGUGUCUUCGAGCGGUUUGUCAGAAGUUAAAACCUUCAUUAAAAGUCUUCACAUGUAAUAUGUGAUGACUCGACAAGGAUAAGCCAUGGCCAGCAGCAAUAAAGAUCAUUUGAUUUGUCCAAUAUGCAUUGACACGAUCAGCCAUGCUACUUUACUCAAUUGCGGACAUACCUUCUGUCAGUUCUGCCUAGAAGUACUCUUUGAUCAGCACGGAGCAAACUUAUCAUGUCCGGUGUGCCGUGCAAAGACAAGGUUAACUGCAAAGGGUGUUAAAGGACUUCCUCCAAAUGUCAUCAUCAACGGUCUCGUGUCUGACCUCAUCAAACCAUCUCGCGAUUCAGCCAAAGCUUGCCGGCUUCACAAAGAUCACGAGAAGGAAUUGUUCUGCGAGGAAUGCAAAGUGCACAUAUGUGUCAGGUGUUUGGUAUCGGAGCACCUGAACCACCCAAUGAAACCGAGGGAAGAGUUUGAGAGAGAAAUCCAGGAAAAGGUUGACUGUCUUAUGCAGCGUGGCCAGGCGAAGAAAGCAGACAUGGAGAUGAUAAUCGCGUCUACUGUGGCACCUAGACAAGAAGUCGCCACUGCAGUUGAAAAUCUGGAGAGGUAUAUCAAGUACGCAUUUUCCACAAAGAUGAGGCUUUUGAAGGAAAAUGAAGCCUCCUUGCUUGGGGAAGUACGUCUGUUGCUAGGAAACUACGACGUCAUAAUUAGUGACCUGACAAUGCCAUAUAAACAAGCUGUUGAGGAUAUCAAUCGUGCCUUGGGGGUCAUCACUGUUGAUGCUCCAGAAAGCUUGGAAGCAGACAAGCUGGCAAGUCAUACCAUGGUUUGCAAUGACCUGGAUGAACUCCUCAAUGAAAACCUUGAAGACAUCGAUGCUGAUCUUGUAGAAAGUGCCAAAGAUGCUGUGAUGGAUACAGAAUUCCACCCAGUAAGGGAUGUGCAGCUGACUCUUGGUAUUAUCAAGAUCAAGAAGAAGGUCAAAGUCCUGAGGGAAGUUCAGCUGCCUUGUAUGGUUGAGGGGAUGACAGCAGGAUCACAGAACACAGUUCUGGUUGGAUAUGGGUCAUGGCUGUCUGGGUAUGAUACGUAUGGUGUUACAGAGCACAAUGAUAAAUGCAAAUUCAAGGAAGGGGAAAGAGUGGAAGCUAUACGUCUCGAUGAUGGUAGUGAUGAUGAUGACGAUGAUGAACUUCCUAUAAUUUUUGAUGAUGAAAUUCCUAUAAUUGGGGUCCAGAGCAUAGAGGAAGAGGACUACAGGGAAGUGUGGGAUAUUGCAAAACUAUCCAGUGGUGAGUUGGCCAUAUCCCACGGAACUCACUCUGUUGCCAUCUACCUAGAUCGUCCAACGCAUUCCAAAUACCAAUGUACCAAUGUAGCUUAUGCAUGCCAGAUAUGCAGUGACCAAGCCAACUGUGUCUAUGUCGUCAACGGGAAGCCAGAUGUAGCCAUCUUUCAGGUCGGUCGUACGGUGAACUCGCAACGUAUCAUCCGGACUAAUGAACUCUGCCCUCGACAGGUGUCGGUUACAAGCAAUGGAGUCAUCAUUGUUUCCACAUGUGACAUCACACCGAGCACCGUGACUGUCUUUGACAAGAAUGGCACAGUCGGAUCUUCCUUGAAGGGGACCGAUGAUAAGGAAUGUCUCUAUGCUGCAGUAGAUUCCAGAGAUCAGGUACUGAUCGCCCGCGUGAGGCAGGGUUCUACCAUACUCAAAAUGUCCACCUACAUUCUGCAAGGUUAUGAACUGAAGGAGAAGGUCAAGUUUGAUGAAGUUGAGCUUCCUUUAGAGAUGCACUCUUCGCUUGGCUCACUGUGCCACCUGGUAAGUCUAACGCCAGAGCUGUUUGCCUUUGCUCAUUAUGACAGUUUGGUAUUCUUCAAGGUACCGGUCGAGGAGGCCCCAGUGUAUUGGGUACCAGUUUAGGUGGUACCAGUCUAAAAGGCACCAGUGUAGGUGGUACCAGUAUAAAAGGUGCCAGUGUAUGUGGUACCUGUGUAAAAGGCACCGGUGUAAAAGGUCACUUCAUUGACGAGUGGAUACAGGACGCGACUAUGGGGUUUCAAAAAGCAGCCUAAACAAGUAUUUUCCAUAUUCUGAAAAUGCAUUCUUUAAGAAGUAUUAGCAUGUGAAACCCUACCCUUGACAAGUAUUGGAAACAAAACGGUAAAGUAUUCCCUGAAUUCAGUGAAAUUUGUUCGCUCGCAAAACAUCGUUAAAUUAUAUAUCUUCAGAAAUAUGAAUACUACCAUGAUGAAAAGGAGCGUAUGAAGUUCUUUCACAUGAUUGGGAUGCCACUGGGAUUAAAGUAUAUUUCAGGUAGAAUUUUCUUUUGAAGAAAAGAAGUAAUAUUCCUGCCAGAUAUAUUCUGUUAUUGUAUUUUCAAAUAUCAUUUCAUAGAAAUGUAUAAAUGUCAAAUCUAUGAUUUAUAUUACAUUUUCUUAUAUAGUAUGUCAACACUUAACAAAAAAGUGUAAUCUGAAAUGUUUAUAUUUAAAAGUAACUAGCACAAUUAUGAAAUGCUUUUGUCAAGUUUUUUAUUUUUAAUUUGUCUAAAAUAUGAAGAUGUUUUGGGAAAAAAGACAUCUACAGUGUAUUAUUUUUUAGCUCCUGAUGAAAAAGCAAUGUGAUGAAGGGGCAUGAUACCAAUUUGUCAUGAUCGCACAAGUAUCUUGUAAGAUUACAGUAAAUUUUAUGGUGUUCAGCAAGUGUCAACAUUUCUUUGAAUUUCCUUGGUGUAUUAUGUAAACUUCUGGCUUCAACUAUAUUAAUGCAGUUUUAAAUGUUCGGGUUGCUGGCUUUCCAUAGUUAUGGUUUAUUGGAUCAAUCACAAGUCUUUGUAAGACAGGGCCCAGGGAUGAUGAGAUAAUAAUUUACCUAUAUAUAGUCGGGAGAGAAAAAGGAAAAACAUAGCAAUUACAUCAUGUUUAACAUUUGCUUGUAAAAUAUAGCAAUUAAAUAAUAAAUUGCUUGUAAAAUAAAGCAACAAUUACAACAGCAAUUACAUCAUAUUUAACAUUUGCUUGUAAAAUAUAGCAAUUAAAUACAUAAUCAAUUGCUUGUAAAAUAAAGCAAUAUAUCAUCUAGGUUUUGGAAUAAAUUUUACUUCAUAAUUCUACACAUAUAUCAUGCUCUCUGAGGAGUAAAAAAGGCUGUUUUGUGUGCAAUUCUAUGAAA